UACUGGAUAUUUCUCUUCUCACCAAAUUGCACCAGGUGCUAAGAAGUGAGCUCACUGUGUAAAAGAGGACUUACAGGAUGUGACCGUUUCCUGGAAAUCUUUAGUAAAUGUGAUUGGAUACCACAGUGUUAGAUUUGUCAUCAUGGGGACUACGCCGGCCCCCAAAGGACAACUACAGGAAGAACAUUACGUUGUGGCUUUGAAGAUCAUAUCUCUGGCUCUAAUUAUAUUUGUUGGAAUUCUAGGAAAUAGUGUGGUGAUCUACACAGUGUUACGAGAGAGAAAGUUACAUCGACCGCCGUUUUACUACCUAAUGAGUCUGUCUGUGGCUGACCUAGCUCGAACUGUGUUUUGUCUUCCCUUUGUUUUAUCAACCGUCAUCCAUGGCUCCACCUGGACACAUGGCCACUCCGUGUGCACUUUACUUGCCUUCACAAACUCAUUCUUUGUCUACAGCUCCAUGUUUGCUCUGUUUACCAUAUCUGUUGACAGACACUUGGCUGUGGUAUAUGCCAAAUUCCACAGAAAGAAGUCCCGCGGGCUAGUCUGUUUGGCGGUGAUAAUUGUUAUGUGGGGUGUUUCAUUCGUUAUCUCAUUCUCGCCUGUUGUAGGCUUGGGAACUUAUACUUUUAAGCCAUUAGAGGCUCAAUGUACUUUUGAUCACAGAUAUUACAGGGAUAACGACACUCUGGGCUUCAUUGUUGUGUUUGCCCUUAUAAUGUUUGCCGUGGUAUUUAUAUACACCAGGAUUUUUCUUUUUAUGCGGACUCACCGAAAGUUACGACCACUUGUCCAUCAACCUGCCCGCAGCAGCAACUGGACUUUUGUAGGGCCUGGAGCAAAUGGACAGGCUGUUAUCAACUGGCUUAAUGGUUUCAUGGGAGGCCCUCCAAACCCUUUUGUGAUGGCACUGCAGAAUCAACCAAGAACGUUCGGGCGCGUCGUAAAUCUAAGGAUUAUACGCAACGAGCAUUUGACAAGGUUGUUUUUUGUGGUAACAGUUGUAUUUGAUCUAUUAUGGUGUCCUUACCUACUUCUAUCGUUUUGGCAAACAUUUGACUGGAAUCGAAGCCCACCACCGUUAUUUGUUAUACUGGCCACCUGGUCCAGUUACCUCCAGGUGGCCCUGAAUCCUAUAGCUUACAUGUGCUGCAAAAGUUCAUUCCGAAAGGCAAUGAGGGCUACUGUGAACGCCUACCAUAGGCCAAAUUCCCUAACUGAAUAACGCUUGUUUUUUAAACAGAUACAUUGUGCAUAUACAAGAUACUUCAUAAACCCAGCGUUUCAGGAAAAAAAAUUGAA